AUGCAAUCAAUCAGAAAAUCCUUCAAAUCUUUGGCUUCAUAUAAUAAAAUAUAUUCUAGAAAGUUCCCAGAUUCCGACUCCGACUCUGACUCCGACUCCGACGAGGGUGAACAUAUCCCUAUUCUUUCUCAUCAAGAACACCUCCGCCGCAGCAGUAGCAGCGAGUAUUUUUCUAUGGCCGGAGACGUCGUCGUUAAGAUCGACGACGACGGUGGUGAGCCUGUUCAAGACAACAAGAUUUGGAGAGAGUCCAGCUAUGAUUUCUGGAAUGAUACCGGUGACAAUGGUGAGGAAAGUUUUGAUUUUCGGAAUAAAAGUCACCAGCACCAGCAGCACCAAAAACCGGAGGAUCCUCCGUCGCAGCUGAUCGGUAAGUUUCUUCAUAAACAGAAAGCUUCCGGUGAGAUGUCGCUUGAUAUGGAUUUGGAAAUGAUGGAGUUACAGAACGAGGAUAGAGAUGGAAAGUUGACGCCGGUGGAUGAGUCUCCGACGAUGAUACAACGGGAGCUUAAGGUAUCGUUUGAGGAACCUGCUUUUAGUGGGAUGGAAACACCGGUGUCAGCACAGACUUUUAAUAAUGUUAUCGAAGGGAUGAUUGAUCCUGUUCGGAGGAGAUACAGCAAUUCGCCGUCUGUGGGUGAUUGUUCGAGACCUCCGUUUCCCCCGAAUCAUGACCGGCGUCGUUCUCGAUCACCGGCAGGUAGUGAUUGCGAGGUUUUGAGGUGUACCUCUAAUGCUUCUUUUGAGAGAAACCUUUCAAUGCAGAGAAAAUCUGCUUUGUUGAAAACGAAAACUAAGUCUAGGUUACUGGACCCGUCGCCGGAUGAACAGCCUGAUAGAAGAUCGGGUCGGGUUGCUAAAUCAGGUCAAAUUUUGUCGGGAUUUCUUGGGAAGAAAGGUGACGAUGAAGAGGAUGAUCCUUUUAUGGAAGAAGAUUUUCCGGAUGAGUAUAAGAAAACACAAUUUAGUUUAUGGAUUCUUCUUGAAUGGUUGAGUUUAAUUUUGAUCAUAGGGGCAUUAGUAACAACUUUGAGUGUUCCAUUAUUGAGGGAUAAGAAUCUGUGGCAGCUUAAGUUGUGGAAAUGGGAGGUUAUGAUUCUUAUUCUAAUUUGUGGUAGAUUGGUUUCAGAUUGGUUUAUUAGAGUCGCUGUUUUUUGCAUUGAAAGAAAUUUUUUAUUGAGAAAAAGGGUUCUUUAUUUUGUGUAUGGUGUGAAGAAAGCAGUGCAAAAUUGUGUCUGGUUAGGACUUGUUUUGAUUGCAUGGCAUUUUCUCUUUGAUAAGAGAGUUCAAAGAGAGACAAAAGGUGUUUUUCUUCAAUAUGUUACCAAAGUUUUGGUGUGUUUCUUGGUUGGUACUUUGGUGUGGUUGUUAAAAACUCUAAUAGUUAAGGUUUUAGCUUCUUCUUUUCAUGUGAGCACGUACUUUGAUAGGAUUCAAGAGUCGCUGUUUAAUCAAUUCGUGAUAGAAACACUCUCGGGGCCACCUUUGGUGGAAAUUCGAAGGGCCGAAGAGGAAGAGGAAAGACUUGCUGAUGAGGUUCAAAAGUUGCAAAAUGCUGGUGCAAACAUGCCACCAGAUCUUAGAGCUACUGCCUUUCCUUCAAACAGAAGUGGAAGGUUGAGGAGUGGAAUGCUUCAGAAAAGUCCCGUCAAAAGUGGAAAGUUUUCGAUGCCACUUUCUAAGAAGUCUGAUGAUGGUGGGAUUGGGAAUGGUGGUGGAAUUACUAUUGAUCACUUGCAUAAGUUGAAUCCAAACAAUGUGUCUGCUUGGAAUAUGAAGAGAUUAAUGAAUAUGGUUCGUCACGGAGUACUUACUACAUUGGAUGAACAUAUCAUUGAUGCCACUCCGGACGAUGAGCAUGCCACACAAAUCAGAAGUGAAAAUGAGGCUAAAGCAGCUGCCAAGAAAAUCUUUCAAAAUGUUGCUAGGCGCGGCUGCAGGUUUAUAUACCCCGAGGACUUGAUUCGUUUUAUGCGAGAAGAUGAAACAGUAAAAACCUUAAAUCUCUUUGAAGGGGCAUCUGAUUCUGGAAAAAUCAGCAAAUCCGCUUUGAAGAACUGGGUGGUGAAUGCGUUCAGGGAGAGGAGAGCCCUUGCUUUGACAUUGAAUGACACCAAAACAGCGGUGAACAAACUUCACCGAAUGCUCAAUUUUUUAGUUGCCAUUGUCAUACUGGUUAUUUGGCUCUUGAUAUUGGAAAUCGCCACCACCAAAUUUCUUCUUUUCGUGAGCUCACAACUGGUCUUGGUUGCAUUUAUAUUCGGUAACACCUGCAAGACCGUCUUUGAAGCAAUCAUAUUUUUAUUUGUUAUGCAUCCAUUUGAUGUGGGAGAUAGAUGUGAAAUUGAUACCGUUCAGAUGGUUGUAGAAGAAAUGAACAUAUUGACUACGGUAUUUCUAAGAUACGAUAAUCUAAAGAUAACGAUCCCUAAUAGUGUCCUUGCUACUAAGGCUAUACAAAAUUUCUACCGUAGUCCUGACAUGGGAGAUGCGAUUGAAUUCUGUAUCCAUAUAGCUACUCCGCUUGAAAAGGUUUCACUUAUGAAACAUAGAAUACAUAGUUACGUCGAUAAUAAGAAAGAGCACUGGUACCCUUCGCCUUUCAUAGUCUUGAAGGAUCACGAGCAAAUGAACAUGGUGAGAGUGGCGAUCUGGCCAACUCAUAGAAUGAACUUCCAAGACAUGGGAGAAAGAUUUAUCAGAAGAUCUAUGCUAAUUGAAGAGUUAAUGAAGAUUUUUAGAGAUCUCGACAUUCAAUACCGUCUCAUGCCUCUCGACAUCAACGUAAGAGCUAUGCCUACCACUUCUGAACGUGUUCCAGCUAGUUGGUCAAUGGUCACAAAUUGA